UAUACGACGGAUACAUCCGCAGAUUCUGGAAGUCAUGAAAUAAUGUCCGUCCGUCAGAUCAUAAAGGACAUCCGGCGUCUAGAGAGACACCACAAGAAAGCUCAUAAGAUGCCCUGCUUAUGUAUUAUCAAAAUGGGUCUUAAACUAUACAGCGUGUCAGAUGGACCUCCAAGUUUGGCCGUUCGAAUGACCCUGAAGGCCUUGGACAUUCCAUUUGAACUGGUCGAAGUAGAUUUUGCUGCGGGAGCACAUAUGACUGAAGAAUAUGACAGGAAAAAUCCACAAAAGGAAAUUCCUGUCUUGGAUGACAAUGGCUUCUUUUUGAGCGAAAGCAAUGCUAUUAUGCAGUAUCUUUGUGACAAAUAUCGUCCAGAGAGUUCCCUGUAUCCAAAAGAUCCACAAGCCAGAGCAUUGGUCAAUCACAGACUAUCAUUCAACUUAUCUACAUAUUAUAAAUAUAUCAUGGAGUAUGUUAUGGCACCAAUAUUCUUUGGAUACGAACGAACUGCACUCGGAUUGAAGAAAGUGCAUAUUGGACUUAGAUGCUUUGAAGAAUAUUUGAGCAGAUUGGGAAAAAAAUACAGCGCUGGUGAUGACCUAACUCUUGGUGAUAUUCAAUUUGCUGCUGCUACUAUGUGUUUAGAAGCCAUAGGUUUCAGUUUGGAGAAUUACCCCAAGGUAUCGGCUUGGUACGCUACUUUCAAGAAAGAGCAGCCUCAGCUUUGGGCGAUCGCCGAUGCGGGCAUGCAAGAAGUUAGACAAUUUAAUGCCAACCCGCCGGAUCUCGGACACUUGAAUCAUCCGAUACAUCCUAAGAAAAUAAUCGAGAAAAAGUAAAUUACGGACGUAAUACGAGCAAAAUGUUGAAAUUACUGUUAACUUUUUCAGUUUAAAUUGAAAAAAAGUAAUACUUAAUAUU